UUACAUCUGACAGCUGGGAGUUGCAGGGUGAGGUUUUAUAUCUCUCCACUUUCUGUUUGGAGCUCGCGUGUCGAUCGAUCCGUCCAAUUUUACUGCUCCAGACUGAGAGGGGCAGAUCCUUCAUGAAUCCAUCAAAAAAGCUGGCUUGACCAUGUGGAAACUAUCCGGAGCGACACUGUGGUUGUGUGUGUUCGCGGUGCUGGACACCAACACAAACUGGGGCUCUUGUUCACCGGCCAGCCCUCGAGGUUUUGACGAGGAUGCUUUGGCCAUUCAGCACGCAAGCACGGGGAAGUGUUUGGGUAAAAAGGACUCGGCAAACUUGAGCCUCGUCACCUGCAACUCAACCAGCACAUCUCAGCUGUGGAAGUGGGGCUCGGGUCACCGGCUGUUCCACGUGGCCACGGCGCGCUGCUUGGCGCUGGACGUUCACUCUAAGGCUCUGGCCCUGGUUGACUGUGGCUCCAGUAUCGGCCUGCAGUGGCAGUGCCUGCACGGACAAGUUUACACCGUUUACCAGAUGGGCCUGGCGGUCAGCGAGGGCAAAGUUACGGUGAAGCGAGACGUCAAUGACACUUGGGUAAGGGGAGGAACCCAAAACAACAUUUGCCAGAAGCCUUAUCGGGUCGUCCACACCUCUGGUGGGAACUCAGCUGGAACCCCCUGCGAGUUCCCCUUCAAAUACAACGGCAGCUGGUAUCACGGAUGCCUUCCCGAUGCAGAUCUCCCAGGACUGUCCUGGUGUGCUACUUCCUCAGACUAUGACCAAGAAAAGAAGAAGGGGCACUGUCUAAUACCUGAAGACGGCUGCCACUCCCUGUUUGCUGGCCCAGAAGGGGAUUCCUGUUAUGAGUUUGUUUCCACUGCAGCCGUGACCUGGCAUGAAGCUUUGGAUUCGUGUCGUAGUCAGGGAGCGGAUUUGCUCAGUGUAACGGAGUCCGAUGAUCUUAACUCCAAAACUUUGUUGGAUGGCCUUGGUGACAUGCCUAAGAAGAUGUGGAUCGGCCUUCACCAGUUGGACACCUCUCAGGGUUGGCAGUGGUCCGACGGCUCCCCGCUCUCCAUCUUGCGUUGGGAACAAGGAAUGCCAUCCACUUCCAUGAUCAUUGAGACGGACUGUGGCGUUCUGAACUCCGGGAAGAAUUACGAAUCUGAGUCAUGCAAUAAACGGCUGCCGUACAUCUGCAAGAAGAGGCUGAAUGCUUCUGACACAGCAACAGAGCCAUUUGUAUACAAGGAGACACUUUGUGCAGAGGGGUGGGUGCCAUGGAACGGUUGGUGUUACAAGUUAAUGAAAGAUGAGCCAAAGAGCUUUUUGGAUGCCCAGAGUCACUGCAACACCACAGAAGGAGGAAUUUUAGCCAGUUUUCACUCCAUCGACAGCAAAGAGAUGAUCAGCACUCAAUUCCAUCCAGACGGCAAUUUGUUGGAUGUGUGGAUCGGUCUGUCCGGCGUCGGCAUGACCUCCACCGUUUUCAAGUGGACAGACUCAAACCCCGUCACCUUCACCUACUGGGACCAAAAACAACCUACCCAGCCCACUCAGGAAACGGCCUGUGUCUUCUACGCUGGGGAGUCUCAUGCUUGGCGGGUUGGCGACUGUACACAGAGGCUGCCUUUCAUGUGUCAAAAACAAGGAAAAGUGAAUGAAUCUGCGGCACAAACUGGAUGUAGCUUUGAAGAUGGUUGGAGGAGGCAUGGUAACUCCUGCUAUCAAGUGAAGACUGAACAAGUACACUUCAAAGAUCACUGCAACUUUACUAUAAGAAACAGGUUUGAGCAAGCCUUUAUCAACCGUCUGCUUGUAGAACAUGUGCAGAAGGAAGCUCAGUAUUUCUGGAUAGGGCUGCAGGACAUCAAGGGCACAGGAGAGUACCAGUGGAUGAGCCAAGAUGUGGUUACAUACUCCAACUGGGGCUGGUUUGAACCAGAAGGGGAUGGCGGUUGUGUUGUGAUUUCCACUGCAAAGCCACUUGGCAAGUGGGAGGUGAAGAACUGCACCCUGUUUAAAGCCGGUACCAUUUGUAGAAAAGACCUCGGUGCGCCUGCACCUCCAGAACCAGAGGUGGACCCUAAUGCUACCUGUCCCGAUGGAUGGACAUCCCAGCCCAACAUCAAGUAUUGCUACAAGGUGUUUCACAAGGAAAGGCUUAGCAGGAAACGCUCCUGGGAGGAAGCCCAGAUGUUCUGCCAGUCUUUAGGAGCCGAUCUGCCGAGCUUCACAAAUAUGGCUGAGAUGCGGGCCCUCCACAGCACCAUGAGAGAAACUAUCAGUGAUAAUCGCUACUUCUGGGUAGGCUUGAACAGGAGAAACCCAGAUGAUCCCUCCUGGGAGUGGAGCGAUGGCCGGCCUGUAUCUAUGGAUGUUUUACACUACAAUUUCCACGACGAUGAUGUGUAUAAUCGGGACUGCACUGCAUUCAAGACAACAAGGAGUUCCUUGCCAUCCUUGUUAGUGAUUCUGUUUCAUGACGUACCUGCCCCACCUUUCCACGCCAAGCCGUUUCACUGCGAUGCUCAGCUGGAGUGGGUCUGCCAAAUUCCCCGUGGAAAAACACCAAAAAACCCGGACUGGUACAAUCCUGGUGGGCACCAUGAAUCAUCUGUCUUUUUAGAUGGAACAGAAUUUUGGUUUGUAAAGGAGCCAAAGGUCAAUUUUGAGGAGGCAAGGCUCUACUGCGAAGCGAGUGAAAGUAAACUGGCAGCUCCAGACAGCACCAGAGCUUUAACAAGGAUCCAGCAGCAGCUGGAAAAGUUGUCAAGUUCUCCCAUGCAAAACUGGUGGAUGAACAUGAGACCUGAGGGGAUGAUCCCUAUGACGCAUAUCUGGAGGUACCGUUAUCGUUCAUUUUUCUUGGGACGAUGCACCUUCAUCAGUCCUGAACAUCUCUAUCCAGAUUGGGCUGACAGUUGCCAACAGCAAAAUUCCUUCAUUUGUGAAAAACACAACAUCACAUCAGUGGAGAAACAACCCCUGGAGCCUCAUCCUGGAGGAUUUCCCUGUGGAAACGGAUCGCUGUCCUUCCGAAAUAAGUGCUACAUGCUGAUGAACAAGGAGUCAGCGAAGUCGGUUUCAUUCACAACGGCCAAUGAUUUGUGCCAGUCUGUGAAGGGAACCCUGGUCACCAUAUCAGAUCAGGUGGAACAAGACUUCAUCAACACCCUCUUGCCAACUUUGAGUGACAUGCGAAACAUUUGGAUUGGCCUGAAGAUCCAGCAAAGUGACCCUGUGUGGGUGGACGAGUCCCCGGUUGACUACAUCAAUUUUAACCCCCUGCUCCUGGGCAUGCACAAGGCCAUAAAAAUCAACAAAUGGGAUGCAGAGAGUUUGGACAUGUGUGCAUACUUGCUCCACAAUCCCAGCUCUGACAUGCUGGGGACUUGGGACUAUUCGUCUUGUGCCCACUCCAGAAAUGUGGGCAUUUGCCAACACUAUGCAGAUAAAGUGGAGGAGCCCACCAUCCCCAUGGAUCCUUUCACUGUGAACAACCAUACUUUCCUGCUGGUUGCCCAGAAUCUCUCCUGGUUUGAGGCCGUGCAGCAGUGCAUGGCUAAAGACAUGGAUCUGGCCAGUGUGCCAGAUACCAUCGUACAGUCCACCCUCACUGUCCACGUGAGCCGCGCACAGACGCCCAUGUGGAUCGGCCUCUUCAGUGAAGACGAUGGACUCCACUACCGCUGGACCGACCACAGCCACACGGUGUUCAGUCGCUGGUCUACUGAACCCGCCAGCGGCUCCUGCGUUUACCUCGACACCGACGGCUUCUGGAAAGCCACAGAUUGCGAGACGCAGAUGAGAGGAGCCAUCUGCCACAAACCACACAGGGAGAUCAUCAACACACCAGAGGAUGUUGCUGUUAAGUGCCCUCAUAAUAUUAAAGGCCCAAACUGGAUCCCCUGGAGGAACAACUGCUACACCUUACAGCUGGUGGGAUCCAGAUGGGAAGCCUUUAACAGCGGCCACGUUCAGGAUACAUGCAAGAGACUUCAUGCAGAUGCAGAGAUCCUAACCAUCAGAGACGACGAGGAGAACGAGUUCAUCAGGGGUCAGCUGGUACCCUUUAAAUCCUUGGUGCAGUUUGUCUGGCUGGGUCUGUUCCAAGAUGAAAACGAUAACCAAACAAAGUGGUACGAUGGAACAAUGGUCCAAUAUUCCAAAUGGCCCGGAGGCAGACCGGAUAUCAACGGGCCGUUCAUGGCUGGCAUCACCACCGAUGGCAACUGGAUACUUGUUACAGACAAAAACAUCUACCCACAGUUCAGACAACGGUCGAUUGUGACCUGCAAGCUGGAGUAUGAAUCCAAAAAGGAGUACUUCCGUUCACCGGAGGAUCUUCAGCAGUACGGCACCUUAACAUAUAAGUUAGUGAAAAGAAAGCUGAACUGGUACCAGGCUCUAGAAGAGUGCGGUAAACUUGGUGGUCACUUAGCUAGUAUCCACGACUUCGAGCAUGAUGCACAUAUCAAGCGUAUCAUCAAAACCGAUGGCUUCCCGCUCUGGAUUGGCCUGUCAAACCAUUCCGGUGGUUCGGAGUAUGAGUGGUCUGACGGAACAACAUGUAACUACACUUCCACCAUCUCUGAUUCACAAGCGAGCUCCAGCUCGGGGCAGCUGGAGGCCAGCUGCGUUUUUGUAAACUUCUCUGGAACCUGGGUGAGAACCGGCUGCUCUGCUGUGAAAGAAGGCGCCAUCUGCUACACCACCACCAUCACCAACGCUUACCAAAGAGCUGCAGUGAAUCCGACCGCAGAGUCCAGCCACUGCCCUCAGAGCAGUGGACCGUCCAAGUGGGUUCAGCAUCAGGAUCACUGCUACGCCUUUGACAUGAGCUUCUACAACUACAGCGUCUACAGCAUGGAGCAGGCCGGGGCCAUUUGCCAGAAAUUAGAUGCUCAGCUGCUGACCGUCCAAACCAAAGAGGAGAAUGACUUCUUGGCGAAGUACGUCACCGAUAACCCUCUCAUCACCAGUCGACUGUGGCUUGACAUGAAACUUGAUUCUCAAGACCAGCCCAUUUCCUGGCAGGAUGGUUUACCUCUCGAAUAUGUUAACUGGAAAUCUGGUGAACCUCCAUCUAAUGAUGUUUCUGGGAAGCUGUCGGAGGCCCGCUGUCCCGUCAUGAUGGCCGGAGAUGGUGGAGUCUGGAAUAUGGUCAGCUGCAAAUCCACCAGCAGUCGUGUUGUCUGCAAAACCCAAUCAAAGUCUUCAGGGAGUCCUGUGGCACUGGGUCUCUUCAUCGUGGUCUUCAUCGCUCUGCUUCUGGCCAUCGGCUUCGUGGUCUACAAGAAGAAAAAGUCCCACUUCACGUCCACGAUCCGCUACGAGAGGACCCUCGACGACCUGGACGCCACCAGUAUAAUAGACGCUGACUGAGCUUGUAGUAGUAAUCAGCCUCAGGGAGUAUUAAUAUGCCUGCCUCACGUGCAUUUUACUUCUCAAUUGAGUGGACAUGGAUGCCCUCCCUCCCUUUUUAAAUUGUUUUUUUAUUGUCCUGUUGUUGGGUUAUUUAUUUUCCUGCUUAAGCCAGAAAAUUUUCUAUAAUUGGGUGUAAAACUGUAUAUAUUGUUUUGAAAGUUGUGAAUAGCUGCCAAAGGUUCUUAAUUUGGGUUACUUCAGACCUUUUCUUUGUUUAGUUUUUUAGUAAGAAGAUCUAAUGCUAAUGCUUGAACUUAUUCUGCCAAAUGUUCAUCAAUGACAAAGGUGAUGUUCUGAGUUGAUUCACAGAGAUACACAACCUGAUCUGUCUUAGACCCCCCCCCCCCAAAAAAAAAAAAGUCUUAGAGGGUCUAAUUGCACUGACAUGAGUGGCUUUACACUAUCAGAAUCAAACUGUGCCGUUAUGUUUUUUUAUUUUAUGUACGGUUGAUCAAACUAGACUGUUGAAGGAUUUAAAUUUGGCAAACGACACUCUGAACAUAACAAGUGCCUGAAAAUACAAGAUUACCUGCUGUCCUUCACUUCACGUGUUUUAUAUCCAAGUAGUUCCACCCUUCAAAUAUGCAUGACACAGCCAGACGCCUAAUAAGUCUACAUGUUAUUGCAAGCUUUAUGAAGCCCUUUAGUGCUUGGUUUUCUUUAUUAGACUCUAACUGUGACUCUAAGCUCCAGUUUAUUGGACUGAAUUCCGGGCGAUCAUUUAAAAAAAAAAAAAAACGUUUCAAAGCACAAUAAAACUGAGAUUACACUUUGCUUAAAGAAGGAUACACCUGUAAUUUCAGCUGGACUUUGCCUUUUUUGUAGCCAGUCCCCUUCGUCUCGGACAGUGCCUUCCUACAUCCUCAGUGAACGGGUUUUUAUUCAUUACUUUUUCUGUAAUUUUAAUUAUGCCUUAUAGUAGGUUUGUCAGGUCACGAAAGAAAAACACGAAGA